AGCAAUUGAGGUAGUGACGUUUAAAAGUAAACAAGACUCAAUUGUUAUCUGAGGUAGUCGAACUGGAACCCCGUAGUGUUAAGGUGAAAAAUAAUCAUAGUUUUCAUAACUGCCAAAUUAGUUGAUUUGUUAGAAACCAACUAAUCUGAAAUCAUGAAUAAACGCCGCGAAGUGCCUAUGCGCCACCUUUUCGACGGAAGCGAUCUGAAUGUUUACGAUCAACAGAUUGCAAAUUUGUCUGCUGGUGCUCCAGGUCCAGAUUUACUAAGCGAAUGUUGUGAGAUAUUUCGAAUUGCAACUGAACACAGAAUGAAAUUCGAGCUGGAAAAUAAUUCGUAUCUUUUUCAAUAUGGACCAACCAUCGGAACCACUGAAUUCCGUGAUACCCUGGCCAAAUUUCUUUCCAAAGGAUAUAACUCGGAUGUCAACAAAUCGGAUCUCGUCCUAACUUCAGGUGCGACACAUGGUUUGCAUCUAGUGCUCUCAACUUUGCUCGACUUAUCUGGUGUUAUAUUUGUGGAUGAAGUCACAUAUAUGAUUGCUUUGGAGACGUUUCGCCAAUUCAAUUCGAUGAGGAUAGUUUCAGUGCCGUUAAAACUUGAAGGUCCCAAUUUAGAGAUCUUAUCAUCACUCAUAGAUCAGUACAAGUUUAAGCCCAGUAAUGGAAAAAUUUUCUGGGGUGUCUAUUACACAAUGCCGACGUUCCACAACCCCACGGGGAUUUUGUUCACAGAAGAAAUUAACAAUCAGUUGAUAAGAUUAGCAAGGUCUGCCGAUAUAUUGAUAGCUUGUGACGACGUGUACAAUCUGUUACACUAUGAUUCUCAUGAAGCCGACAAUGAUAUGAUUUGUACAAGGCAGCCUCCUAAGCGUUUAUUUGCGUAUGAUAUUGAAAAUAUUAAAGACGACAAUUGGAAGGGUCAUGUGAUUUCCAACGGAUCGUUUUCGAAAAUUCUUUCCCCUGGUGUACGUCUCGGUUGGAUGGAAUGUCCUCCUCGAUGCGUUGAAGUGUUUCGCGAUAGUGGUGUUCUUAAAAGUGGUGGUGCGGCCAAUAAUUACACUGGAGGAAUCGUGACUAGUUUGAUCCAGUUAGGUUUGGCCGAGCAGCAGCUUUACAAGUAUGCACAAAAGUACGGAGAACGACUAAGAGCUGCCACUCAGACUCUCCGGGUGAACCUUCCUGCCACCUGUACUUUCCAUGCUCCUACUGGGGGAUAUUUUAUUUGGAUCCGUUUUCCAGAGAAUGUCGACUGCAAUGAUUUUAAUCAGUAUUGCAAGAAAAACUUCGGAGUGAUGGCAAUCGCGGGGAGUAGAUUUUCGGUGAGUGAUUCGCAUAAGAAUUUCAUACGACUAACAUUUGCAUUCCAUCAAGUCGAAUAUCUGAAGCAAAGUGUGGAGAAACUAUGUACCGCAAUCGAAAAUUAUCUUUUCAGCAUAAAGCCUCUUUAAAAAUUGUUGGUAAGAUGGUGUACUUAAUUGUAAAAAUACACUAAAGUCGCUUUUUACGCGGGGGAUACGUGCCGCAUACAAAAAAAAAAACGCGUAAAUUCCCGAAUUCGCGUAGAAAAACCGCGUAAAUUUCGGAAUCCGCGUAAAAAAACCAGCGUUAAUUCUGCAUUCCAAAUGAAGGGAAACCGAAAUCCGCGCAAAAAAAAAUACCGCGUAAAUUCCAGAAUCUGCGUAAAAAAACGCGUUAAAAGCGACCUUAAUGUAUAUGUUAUUUUUGUCCAGUACACACCUUUUGGUUGGUAGCGGAAUAGUACAAUAAAAUAACAUGUUCAUUUACCAUAAAUUGUCGCAUUUUUUCCCGCCGCACCCUGUAAACUCUAAAUUCGGGACACAUGGCAUAUGUCAUUUCAAUAGAUUUUCAGAUAAACUGGUAUCGUAACCAAAGAAGAAAUGGAAGAAUCAGUGAGCGAAAUAUAGUCUAAAUAUAGGAGUCUAAAGAAAAUAAAAAUGAUAUUUCGGUCAAGAUUGAGAAGAGAAAACCGAACAAACACUCCGUUGAAGAUUCGAGAUCCGAGAAGAAGCAGCAUAGGUAGUGAAUUGCGAGGUACAACGUCUGGUGGACAACUCAAGUCCAUACUAUUUUCUAUCACCGAUAUGCGUAUAAUCAUUGAAAUUUUUUGUGUAGAAGUUAUUUGUGAUUUUAAACCUUACCCAUUCUUUUUCACUGUAAUGUGUUUACCCCUAGAGCUCAAACUGGGAAAAAUGAACGAUUAUAGCUAUUUAACCAUUGGUACUCUGAAUUUUUGUGCCCCUAGAAAAAAUAACUUUUUCAGAGACUUGAAUGAGUUUUCCCGUAAGCCAACGUAGAGGCGACGAACCCGGCGAGCAAAUACUCUGCGGCCUUUUGACGUACUUCCACCUACACUAGGGGCAUUAAAAUUCACAGGAAUUGUUAAAAAGCUAUAUUUAUUUUAGAGUAACUUAUGUUUCGUUUGUUUAAUUUUGACGUUGCUGAGCAUUUGCUGUUCUAUGCUGAUGCAUAAUGCAGUGAACAGAAAGUGAGCACUAUGGACCAACUCAAGAGGCUCAUUUCUAAGAUCAGGUGCGUGCCACGUGCGUUUCUUUUAAAUAUGUAUUCGAACUUAGUGAACACUCUGUAAAUGUGAGAGGACAGUGUUGCUGAAAUUUUUUCAGAAAAAUAUUCAGUGAUUAGUUGCUGGAAUGAAGACGUCAAAAAAAUCUUCAUCAUUUUUCUGCAGUUUAUCUGCCUAAUGACACAUUGAUGAUUGCAAUACACUAUGUGAUAGAAUAGUUUCAAGAUGGCCAAAACAUAGGACUUCUUGUAAGUAAAUGGUUUUUUUUCUAAAUUUUUACAUUUUUGAGGUGCGUAGGAAGCACCAUUCUUUUGACGAAUCAUCGAAACACAUAAAAUCCAUCUAAAAUGAUCUGUAGAAUUAGGUUUAUGAAUUUUGAUACCAAUAUUAGUAGGAAUUUAUGUAAUAGUUUCUAGAAAUUCCACCUAAAUCUUACCGUGAACAAAUUGCCUAAAUAGGAACUAAUGCAGUAUUUCGAUGAGUUUUAAAAA